AUGGUGAAAAGUUCUGUUGAGAAAUUUCUCAAGGUUCAUCGUCUCUCUGGUUUUCUCGAUGGUACGGCUAUUGGUCCGGUUGAGUCUGACGAAGAGAGUUCUUUUGAAUGGGAAGCAAUGGACACUGCGGACUUGAAUUUGAUUGUUGCAAGUUUGUCUGAUGAUGCAUUUUCUGAAAUGAUCAAUUGUCGAUAUGCUGUAGAGGCAUGGAGCACAUUGAAAGAUCGUUACUAUUCGUUCUCUUAG